AUGCUUUGUCAUGGUGGUACAAAAACAGUGGACCAACUGUCUCAGAAUGAAGAUAUUAUGACUGCUGCCAGGACAGCAGAUAUUCACCGACAUGUUAUCUGCCUGUCUAAAAUCGACAGCUGCUUCAGCUGUCAGAUUCAGAGUCAUUUUUGGCUGAAUGAAAGAUUUCUGCUCGCACACAGGACUUGGGGAUUUAGUGGGAGAAGGGGGCUGGGCAAUUCCCGCUGUGGCUGGCGUGGACGGGACGUGACCAAGCUGCAUGUUUGCCUGGAGCUCCUGGACAGUACGUGCGAGGCGGACGUGCUGAACGUGACGUCGCUGGGAGUUAGGAUAAAAAGGGACGGCGUGGUUGCUAGUCACCCACAUCACACUCUGAUACAGUGCGGGAGUGGAAUCGAUGAGCUCAAUCAAAGUCGACCAGCUCGUGGAAUAGUGCAUCUUUCAUUCAACUAUUACAAGGAAAAUAAUCCAGGCAGGAACAGAUAUGGAAACCAUGAACGAGUUGAUACCCUUCGCCAAGGAAAUGCUGAGCCAAAAACCCAACAGGAAGAUGGUGAAACUUUACGUGGUGGGCUCGGUGCUGGCUUUCUUUGGGGUGGUCAUAGGACUGGUGGAGACCGUCUGCUCCCCGUUUGUGUCCGGGGAGGACGAGGAGCAGCCGCUGGAUCGCUUAAUUCCCAGAAAGCUGAGCAAAGAGGAGAAGAAGCUGCAAGCAGAACAAAGGCAGCUAGUGAGGAAUGGAUCAUACAGGAAACAUGCCUCCUGAAGCUUGAGGCAUAUGAGGGACUGGGCUGCAGUGCAGCCUUCAGUGACUGAGAUUCAUGAUUUACUGCAAACUCAAACCGAGGGAGUUUCGGUAAUGAGUUCGCAGAUGCAGCAAUUUGCUGCUGUGCAGCAGUGUUUAUGCGUUUAUAUUAUUCUGGUAUCUGUGAAUAGUUUUUUAUAUACAUAAAUAUAUACUGUUGUGCAGUAUUUCAUUUAUGUGCACUUCUGCAUUCAAUAAACUGAAUUUUUAAUCAAAUAUAA